UAGAGUCAGAUUAACUUUACACAGAGACCCCUACAGAACAGAGACACAGACAUGGUACCUACAAUCACCUCAGCUAGCAUCUACUCUAAGGAGCACCUGACUCUGACAAACAAGUUAAGAAAGCCAGUGGUUGAGAAGUUACGCAGAGAUCGUAUCAACAGCAGCAUUGAGCAACUCAAGUCUCUUAUGGGUCCAGAGAUCCUCAACCAUCCACCCGACUCCAAGCUGGAGAAAGCUGACAUCCUGGAGAUGACAGUUUGUUACCUGAGACAACUGCAACAGAACCAGACAGAAAGUUAUUCCUCCUGCUCAGCACCUGUCAAUCAGGGUUACUCCAGGUGUGUCCAAGAGAUUGCUCACUUCCUGUCUAAAGAUGAGGUGAAGACACAGUCCCAGAGAAGACUGCUGAGCCACUUCCAGAGCCUGCAUCCCUCCUCUGAUAAGAACAGGAGGGAGAGUGACCUCCCUCAGCUGAGCUCCUCAGACCAGCACAGCUUCAGCAAAGAGAGGAGUCCAGUCAACAGCGCCCUCUGGAGGCCCUGGUAGAGUCUUACAGACUGGAGCUCCACUCUCAGACAAACCAGGGACCAUAUUGGUCUAACAUUAAUAUCAUGGACAGUAAUGACAACAGGAAGACAUCCAGACCAAUUUUCUUUAGUUUUUAAAGUCAUGCUCUUAUUUGACUAAAGAUUUUCCAAGAAAAUCGUCUAAAGUAUGAAAACUACAUUUUCAUAGUUUUGGCUGAAGAAAUCAUAUUGUUUAUGUUUUUUGGAAAUGUAAUCCAUAUGUUGAUUAUUAGUUCUGAUUUAAAUUCUU